UCCAUGAAGCCACGCCCACCCAAUGCGUUGCAAUGAGAGAGAGAAGGGGCGGGGGUCGCCUUGCAGCUGGUACCCAAUGGGAGUCACUCAGGGGCGGAGGAGGACCAAGAGUGGGGGCUACUCUUUCUCAGGCAGACGGGGAGAGAAAGAGAGAGAGAGAGAGAGAGAAGGAGCCCCUUCCUGGGCUGCAUUGUUCCUGCGAGGAGAAAGAGGAGGAGCAGAGAUUCCUUCUAAAAAAUUGCAAGGACUUCAAUAAACUCCACAACUUCAGCAGGCAGCCCUAAAGAUCCUUGGAAAGCACAGCGACAGCAUUCUGCAUAGUAACAGUCAAUUCCUUCGUGCUAAAAAUUCCCCUGAACCGCUCCCUGGGACUUUUGCUGCAGACAGGCUACUGUUAGCCAGCCGGUCCGUCUCCAGACUUCUCAAGGGUUAAGACCAGAAUGUCCUAGUACAACACUAUGAAAUGGUCACUCCUGUUAAAUGGAGUGCAGCUACUGGCACAUUAAUGGCUCAUAAAUGUGGAUGAAUCUGAUCUGGAACAAAACUGCACCAGGAUGCCCAGUGAGAGGUUCCAGAGCAACAGUGCGUUAGAGGAGCCUGCACUCAGGGAAAGCAAGUCCGGGGCCCAAAGCCCUAAUUGCAACUCCUUACGCAGGGCUGUGGCCACUGCCGUGACCUUUGAUGGAGAAGCCACCACUGAGAGACGGAAGAAGAAAAAGAAAGAGUCCCGCCCCGAAUCCAUCAUAGUUUAUCGGUCGGGGAAUGAGAACAAGGUGGAAGAAGAACAGGCAGAUGAUGAAGGGGCUGAGAGAAGUUCUGAGGAAGGCUCCAAAUUCCUGGGACACGCCGCAGGAGACGGUUCCUGGGCUAUGCCUCUAGAUAGCAGGUAUGUCACUUUAACUGGGACCAUAACAAGAGGGAAGAAGAAAGGCCAGAUGGUGGACAUCCAUGUUACUCUUACUGACAAAGAGCUGCAGGAGCUGGCUCGGUCAAAGGAGCCUCCAAAACCAGAAACGCCUGAAGGGAAAAAAGCUUGUCAGGUUGGAGUGGAUAAAGGCCCUCAUGUUCUCCUCUGGAGCUUUGCCUGUCUCCCAAUCAUCUUUGUCAUGUCCUUUGUGGUUUCCUUUUAUUAUGGAACCAUCACUUGGUACAAUGUCUUCCUGGUGUACAAUGAAGAGAGGACCUUUUGGCACAAGAUAACCUUCUGCCCCUUUCUCAUUAUCUUCUACCCAAUCAUCAUCAUGGUGGUUUCCUUCUCCUUGGGCCUCUACACAGCACUGACUCAGAUCUCUUGGGCCUUUGGGGAAUGGUGGCACGCGGUCCGGGAUAUGGAGAAAGGCUUCUGUGGCUGGCUCUGCAGCAAGAUGGGCCUGGAGGACUGUUCUCCCUACAGCAUUGUAGAGUUACUGGAUUCAGACAACAUCUCUGGUACCAUGUCAGCUAAAGGUUCAGCUCAGGGUGAAGAGAUAUCAGCAGUCUGAGUGACACUGGGCUGUUCCUGUUCAUGAGGGGAGAAACUUGAGCAAGGGCAUACAGAUGUUUCUUUUGGGGAGUAAAAUCCUCCAAGAAAUCUGGAACGUUCAGGAAGACCACAAAAGUCUCUGUUGAUGGGACCAUUUUCAAAAUACAGGGGGUGACCCUGUACUCUUUCCCUUGUGAAAAGAGACCUUUUUGAUGAAAGCUAGAGUGUCCAGGGGAGCUAGUGUGGUUUAGUGGUUUGAGUGUUGUAUCAGGAUUCUGGGAAACCGGGUUUCAAAUAUAUUCCCAGUCCUGGAAACCCACUGAGUGACCUUAGGAUAGUUGUAUUCUUGGCCUGAGAGCAAAGCAGUGCAAACCACUUCUAAAUAAUUCUGGCCAAGAUAAAAGAAAAACUGAUGCUAGAGUUGACAUAAGUUUACUUGAAGGCACAUAAUAACAACAACAAGCGUUUUCAGGAGUUGAGCUCUGGCAGAUUGCAUUUUCAAAUCCUUGCUGGUGUUCAGCAUGAACUAGUGCAGGGCUUGACUUCCUGUCCUUUUAGAAGGCAGGUGAAGGGGUGUAUGUUUAUAUCUCUCCACAUAUAUCUCUCCACAUAUAUCAAAAUAACUCAUAACUAAGACUAGAAGGCUAUAACAUAGAAUCAUAGAGUUGGAAGAGACCUUGUGGGCCAUCCAGUUCAAUCCCCUACCAAGAAUGCCCCAAAGUCAUCAGAUCCUGUCUGAUUUUGGAAGCUGAGCAGGGUCAGUCCUAGUUAACACUUGGAUGUGAGACAACUAAUGAAUAACAGAAUAUGAGAGAAAAGGAAAAGUCUAGUCUUAAGAAAACCCAACAACAUCCAUGUAGUCGCCAUCAAUCAACAGAUGAAGGCACAUAAACACACAAGAAAUCUAGGCAGAAGUUUCCUUUUUGCCAUACCUGUUUUCUGUGUGCAGAUUUUAUUUUUGGUGUCCUUUUGCUUAAAAAGAAAUAGAGAACUUUCAAAAAUUCAAACCCUGCUUUUCACCCAGUGGUCUGAUAGGAUUUAGUCCAGGAACAAUUUUACAUGCCCAAUCUCCCAUAACUUUUAACAUAAACGUGCAAGACUGUCUCAUAAUGAUGCUGGUCUGAUUGGUGGCUUUUGUUGGGGUUUAUUAAAACACAUUGUUGAGGUGACAGAUAUUCUGUUUGAUUGGAGUUGCUUGGUAGGGAGAAGGGAAUGCAAAACGAACAGCUUGGCAAAAUGGAUCCUCCACUGUAAAUAUGCAGAUGUGCUUUUCUGGCUGAUGCCUGCCUCAGUGUUGCUGAAAAUCAGGGGCUGACAACUCCAAUCUGGAAUGUGCUUACCAGGUUAGUCCACUCUAGUAGCCCUUCCAAUGUUAUUACAGGUAGUGAUAGACAUAAGAGCACACGGGGAAACUGAAUGUCCUGGAUCACAGUAGGCUCCCCAUUUCAUCCCACUAUUUGUACACUCUUUGUGUUCCCUGCAUGGUUGCCACACAUUAUAAAUAUAUAUAUAAUAUUUGUUAAAAAAUGCUCCAUCUAGCAUUUCGUUUCAUAUGUGGGAACAAAGCCAAGAUGAAUCAGAAACGGGGGUGGGGGGGGGGGAGGGAGAACUACAAAAACAAAAUAAACACACUAGUGAAAAUUAAUUUGUGUUUAUGUAGAUUGUUAGCACAAGCCUUAUUGUUCUCAUAGAAUAUAUAGUGGGAAGGGAAAGGAGUUAAUGCCAUAAGUUGUCCAACAGAAUGCUCUAUGUGACUGUUUUUAUGGAAGCAAAUACUUCUGGGAUGGAUAGUAACAUGUCUCCUACUGAAAUAAUACAUUUUCUUCUGAGAUAUGCAUUAUUGAGCCUUCUUACUUCAUAGUCUUUUGACUAUGGGCUUCUGUGAGGGAAACAAGACAGCCCAAUUACUGGUGCUAGUUGUAUUUGCCUUUCUUUGAUACUGUUGUAUUUGCCUUUCCCCCCUCUAAAUACUAUAGACUCUCCUUUCUCCCAUGAUGCAGCUUUAGUGGCCUAAUACUGCAAAGCAUUUGUAAAGCCUAAUGACUUCGUUAAAAGCCAUGCAAAAAUUGAGAAGCACAAUGUCUUCCAGCUUUGUUUCACGAAUAAUUGCUGGUUGUGUGCCACCUGGCACUUAUAAAUGUAUUAUUUUCAGAUGUGAGUCUUUUUUAUAAGUAUACUCACCUUUUUUUCCUAGUGAACUUCACGGAGGAAAAAUAGAAAAAAUUCAACAAGUUGGCAGCAAAAAUCACCACACUACCAACUUGGACAGUUAAAAGAAUACAGUAUAUGUAUAUACAGUGAUUUAACCUAAUUUUUCUUGGAAAGAUUACUUCCCUCCCCAAAGAAUGAUGAAUGGAGUGAGCUGUGCAAGGUGGAUGACUCAGUGAGUAUUUUUGUGCUGCAUUGUUCAAACACUUCAAUCCUACUUCAGUGGUCUUGGUUUCGUCCUAUGGAAUCCUCUGUAGCAAAGUACUGAAAUGCGUCAAUUAUCAAAACCAAUGUAUUCCCUAGCAUUGUCUCUUUGAUGGAAAAUGUGGUACCAGAGACAGAAAAAAAUAUGGAAAGAAAGUCCAUAUAACAUGUUUAAGUAAACUUUUAAUUUAAAACUAGGAGAACGAAACAAUCUUGUCAGGUAGACCUGAAACGAAACAAUCUUGUCAGGUAAACCUUGUCUAAUUAAACAAAAACUUUUUGAAAAUUAUUUCCAAAAUAUAUCAAGGGUUCCCCCAUCAGUUGUUUUCUUCCUCCUCUUCCUCUUCUUCUUCAUUAUUAUUAUUAUUAUAUACAGCAAACAAGAUCAUUAUGCUGAUUUUUGUAUUUGGUCACACGUGUGAGGUAUCGGCAAAUAAGGCGUGCAAAUCCGAGUAGGGUGGCCUUUUGUAGCUGACAGAUAAUUUUGUCAGUGCCAAUUGUUUUUAAAUGCAGGCCAAGGUCUUUAGGCACUGCACCCAGUGCCAGUCACCACUGGGACCACCUUAACUGGCUUAUGCCAGUCAUUAUUAUUAUUAUUAUUAUUAUUAUUAUUAUUAUCUCUCUUUUUCUCUCCACAAGGAGACUCCAAGUGGCUCAACAUUUUUUUUCUAAUGAGAGCUAUACUUUUUAACAUGUUGGGAGCAUAUGCUCAGUAAGUAUCAUGCAUGCUCAGUAGAUAUCUUGAAGGAAGGUGGUGUUAAUUUACUUUUGUAGGCAGCCAUGUAGCUACAGGAGGAUCAAGUAGAGCAGAAUCCUGCAUGUUUCCCACACCAAGCUUCAUUGCAUUGUUUACCGCAAACACUGCUUCAGCCUGACACAAACGUUAUUGUUGCAGUAAACAAUGCAUUGAAGCUUAAGUGGGAAACAUGCAGGAUUCCUGCACUGUCCUCCCAUGCUGUUGCUGGGGGACAAAUCCAUGUAGAAAAAGAGAAAA